AUGAAUACACAAACAACAAUACUUCAAUAUUUUAGUAAAAGUACAAAAGAAAUCGUUGCUCCACCUUCAAAAAAAACUAACGUACAAUCAAGAGAGGAUGAAAAUUGUUCAAUUAUUUCAGACUUACCAUUUCAUGCUCAACCGAAUAUUAAUGAUAAAACUCUAUCAGUACCACCAACUAAUUCACUAUCAUCAUCACACGUACAAACAUCAACUAUAUCCUCAACUUGCUCGUCAUCUUCCACGGAAUUAACAUCAAAUUAUGUCCGUAAUCGUUUUAUGCUUCGACCUUUUUCACGAAUUGCACGGGUAUCAAACCAAAUCUCUAGGCCAAUUCAAGGACUUAAGCAGCAACAAAUAUCUCAUGAAAACUCACAGAACAAUUCCUUAUAA